AUGCGAAGGUCCACCGGUAUCUAUGGUGAUGGAGCAAUUGGCGUUGAAGUAGGUGGCGAGCUUGAAGGCUACACAAAUGCUGAUCUAAUUCACGUGGGCCCUGGAGACGAGGCGCCAAGAGCACGCCCAGGAUGCGAGGAUGAGAGAGGGCACUUUGGGCGAGACCCCAUGGGCGCCGCUGAUCGUGAGGCACCAUGGGCACCGCUGGAGGGACGUGCCUAUCAUGGAGAGAGCGCCGAAGAUGAGGCACAAAUUAGGGAGGCCGAGGCGCUAGGGGUCGACGUCAAGGGCGAUGUGCGCCAGUGA